UCAUGCACUCAUUCUCAGUACACGCAAAUCAUAAUAAUUAACAAUGCUUAUAAUUAUAUUACAAUCACUACAAAAUUGGUUAAAUCCUUAUAGCUAACUUGAAAAUAGUGCAAGAGAUUUUGAAAAAAUCUCAACUUGAAAACACUCAUUUUGGGCCCGAAUAUUGUUCCGCACCUGCAACAUUCAGUUCUUUCGAGAACACUCAGUUCGGGAAGAUUCUUUUUUUUUCGUGUGAAUCAACAGAAUAUGCACUUUGUAACUUGGGCCGAGCGUGUCAAAGUCCGUCUGUGGAGAGAAGAAUUAUGAAUAGCUAAAGAGCUACGUCUAUAUGAAAUAUGUGAUCAAGUGUCUAUAAUUGAUUGUCAAAGUCAUUCUUAUUGGAUCUCAUUUUUUCAUCAAACGUUUGAAGUGCGAGAAUUAAUUCAGACGCCUACAUAUAUAAUCAUAGUAUAUACGUUGAACAUGCCAGUCCAAUAUAGUAAAUUUUUGUAUGGAAGUUGUAAGGAAUAUGUGCAUCCUUGGACAGACUCUUGUAUCAGCGCAACAGCUGGCCUCGGUCUUCAUGCUUUUGAAGAAAGCCUCAGGAUGUAUACAACCGUUUACAUUGUCACCUUGCUGAUGAAAGGAAAAGUACCAAGCUCCUCCGACAUAAAAAGAACAAUACUCGGUAUAUUACAAUCUACCGCAUUUUUGUCAUGGAGCUCGUUCACAUAUUCCAUGUUCAUUUGUUUCCUGAGAAGGCUGCUCGGAAAUUUCAAUGUACUCUCAGUGUCUUUCUUUCCAUCAUUCUUGUCCAGCUUAUCUGCAAUUCUUAUCGAACGACCUUCCAGACGAACUCUAUUGUGCCUUUAUGUUUCAAAUAUCGCGACAGAGACUCUAUUCAGAAUGGGAGUUUGGCGAGGGUAUUACUCAGUUUUGCCUAGAGGAGAAUUAUAUAUUUUUUCUGCAAGUAUGGCGACGUUACUCUAUCUUUUUCGAUCAAAAUCGAAUAAACAAGAUUCUAUAUACAAAAUAAUCAGAUACAUUGUUGGUUCACACGAAGAAGAGAAUUAUCUCGAGAAGCAGCGAUCCAAACCAUGUGAAACGUUUUCAUAUAAUUGGAAUAGCGAUCAACCCGGACCGAGCAAUCAAAGUUCAAAAAAAAAUUCGUCGAAAUCGAUGUUUCACAUAGCUGCGCAAGCACUAAAGAUCUACCAACUCAUAAUCAACCGAAUCAAAGGACAAAGUAGACACGCCACUUGUCCACAUCCAUUCAGCUGUGCUCAUUACAUAUUAGCAGGCACUGCAAAGCUCUUCAGUGUUGGUGUCGCUGCCCAAUUAGCAUUACAGUUGGUAUUUCGGUCUUUUAAAAUCAUCAAAAAGCCACAAAUCCUUGGACCAACGAUAUUUAACAAGAAAAAUUUUAAUCUGGCUCUAUUUCUUGGUGGUUUCUCCGGUUUAUACAGAUUAGUCUCGUGCUCUCUGAGAAGCGCGUGCAACAAGGACUCAAAAUAUCAUGCAAUACCAGCAGGAUUCGUCGCGAGUAUAGCGUUCAUGAUGUAUCCAAAUAACACUGCCGCCCUGUAUGUUAUGUGGAAAGCUUUACAGUUAUUAUGGAACCGGGAAGUUGAAAAUGGAAAAGUGCCCGAAUUAAAAUGGUUUUCAAUAUUACUGUACAGUUUCAGUACUGCACUUUUGUUUCAUGCUGCGAUAAUAGAGCCCCAAAACCUUCGACCAUCCUAUUGGAAAUUUUUAUGCAAUCUCUCGGGUGGAAGAGUGGCCGCAAUGGAUCGAUCGCCACUCGAUCGAUUUGGCUACGAUUCAAGUGCGCACUUGCAGGAGGUCCUACGUAAGACCCAAACUACGGAUAAAAUAACGCUUUCAUUUUAGGAGAAACUACCUGAAAUACCCGGCAGUGUUCGGGUACAGAAAUAGCAAUAAUCAUGAUUUAUUAUUCAUGAAAAUCAAUCAAUAAUCAUCAAUAAUAUACACGAAAAUGAGAUUUACGACCGUGCGUAGGUGAGAGAGGCAAAUAUGAGUUAUGUUACGAGGAAUGAUUGGAACAUGACAAUUGUUGGCAAGUCUUGAAGGCAUUUGCUGCAUCUGGGUUUUAUUUCGGGGCUACUCAGCGGAGAGUGAUAAACGAAUGAGCUGUACCGCAAAUUUCCCAUGUUCAACUAGCCAAGGCUUAGGUUACGUCUGAAUUGGUCAUCAUGACCGUUGCAAAUUUAGCUUUAACGAUACGAAUACAUGAAAUUUAUGAAAGUGCUUUAUGAAAUCACGAUUUCAAAACGUUCAAAGAUGGAGAAACAUGAUGGAAAGAAGACGAUAUAAUUGUACUCGAUGUGCUUUCACCUUUUUUUUUUUUUUAAGAAAAAAAAACGGAAUCAAACCAAUGGUGCCUGGUUAAUUUGUGAUAAGUGAAUACUUUUUACAUAUACCUUUUAUACGUCGUGCAAUCUUCCGAGUCAUUAAUUUUAUUGCGAGAUGUAAAAUUACGAUGAAAUAAUAAAUUGUUCGGUUUAAGAGAAACCGAGUUUGAAUAAUACUAAUGAAAAUAGUGCUUUAAAAACAAAA